ACACCCACGUGUAACCUUUGAACUUGGUUGUACGGACUGUUUUGUAUUGAAGCGAUGGAGGCUGCUGCAGCAGAUGAGAGAAGCAAGAAGAAGAGGAAGAAGAAAAACAGAGCCAAAAAAGGUGGCAGUACUGCAGCUAUGGAUCCAGCAGAAACAACUACACAGCUGGCAGAUAGUGAUGCUACUCAGACAAGUCAUGCACAGGACAACGCGCCAGUUGCUCCAGAAACAUCACCAACAUCAAAACCCAAGAAGAAGAAGAAAAAGAAGAAGCCCAGUGGCCUUUCGACUACCGACGUAUCAUUCAAUCCCAAAUCAAGUACUGUAAGUGGAGCUUCAGUCUCUGUGGAGCUUCAGUCGAGCUUUGAGCAGGAGCUCCAGUGGUGCAUUGCUCAACUAGAAUUAGGUCUCUUGCGAACAGAUGCCACGAAAUCUCAGAAACAAGAAAAGGACAAGUUCAUUCGCACCCUCAGAUCGCAAAAGACCCCCCUACCUCGAAAACGGCAGGUCAUGAAAAACCUGUUUGGUGACUAUCGAACUAGAAUUCUACGAGAACCUGUCUCGCAGUACUUGCAGACUCCAGACUCUGCACCGAGUGUCAGUGGUAUUAGGGGUUCUGAAGGAGGGAGGUUUUUUAGACACUCAAUACAGAAAGAUAGCAGAGGCAAAGGGGUUAAUGGUGAGGGUUCUGGUGUGGAUGGGGUUAAUGGUGAGUGCUCCGGUAUCGAUGGGGUUAAUAGUGAGUCCUCUGGUGUGGACAGAGUUAAUGGUGGAAAGAGAAAAACUGGCUUUUGUUUCAACUUUGAGAUUGAGCCAUAAUGUGCACAUUGCACAAUGCAGGACCUGGUAUAAAGUACUUUGCUCUUCCAUCAUUUCCUCUUUUUAUCAAAUUCAUGUACGACUUCCAUAUUCUCUGUGAAUGUAAUUUUGUAUAGUAAUUUUAUUCACUGGUGCAAAGUCCAUACCGCUGCCAUGACAACUUCCUCCAGUAAACAAUAUUUUAAUAGAAAACAUGGAACUUUGGGUGUGGCAGAUUUUGCAUGAACAUUUUUUAACAGCUCUAUUUAUAGCCUAGAGGCUGCUCUAAAAAUACAGUUCGCUGUUGUUCAAUAUAACGAGCAAAAAUGACAUGUGACAUGUAUAUAUUACUAUGCAUGUUGUUCAUAUGUGCACGUCAACAUAAUUAUGAGUAUAAAAAAGGACUUGUGUAAUGUGCGCUUUUGUCUAAAAAGAGAUGACAACCACAAAAUGUGUAGAGAUUACGUUUAGGGAAGAGAAGAUGACGAGUGUAUAAAUGAGAGGAAAUGUAAAUCAGAGUUUUUGGUGCGUCUGUGAAGGCAAUCUGAAGGAGAAGAAUAGGUGUGCUAUGGCUGUCCCUAGUCCAACAAUGCUUGUUAGCAACGAAACCCCCGCUCCGGCAAUCAGUACAAUUGCCAGGGUCUCACUCAUGUCGGUGAAACAACACUCGUCGUCACAACUGUCCACACACGUCUGCGUCCUCUUCCCGAACUGCUCACAAUCGUCGCAAUACUCACCAAUCAGACUCUCACUCCCUCCAUUAUACAGCAGAACGAAAGGUAAUAGCACACCAAUACCCACUAGGAUCAGAGUCGCUGUCAGUAUGAGAAACGUGAAUCCGAGGCAGCGGGUAAUGCGGGUGACCCCUUCCAUUAGGAUUCCGACGAUGCCUGCUAGGAGGGACAGAACACCCACACUGAAGGCUAGAGGAGCCGUGAUGGUUGGUGUGAACUGGAGGGAGAUCCAGGCCACGGCGGAGGAGAGGAGAGCCAUGGAGCAGAGGAGGUAGAGAGUAGCCACCAGUCCAUUCUAGGAACACACACUGGCAGGUGGAUUUUUCUUUGUUUUGACGACAUGGUUGGG